AUGGUGACUAUGAUUCCUCGGACAAUGCCUUCCAUUACCGAUUUGGUGCCUACCUCCUCUAUAACCUCGGCUUUGGCCCCUCGCAAAGCAUUUACGCCAGAUAACACAGUGACUUUAUACGAGAAGAAGGGCACAAUCCCGAUGUCUUCGUCAGAUAUAGAGAUAAGAGACCUAUCACUCGAUAGCGCCAUCCAUCGGCGAUAG